ACCACACCGACACCAUACAUCAAAAUGUGUGGCUGAAGAACGAAACCAGGGAUUACUGUGUUUUAACACCCCCCAUUCUCCUCCUGUGACUGUCCAAACUGAGGAUCUGCUCCGGCCAGCGCAGCGAUCAUGUCGGGGAAAAUAGAAAGCAAGCACGAAUCUCAGAAGUCUCACCUCUCCUCUUUCACGAUGAAAUUGAUGAAAUUUCAUUCGCCAAAGAUAAAACGAACUCCAUCUAAGAAAAGCAAACAACUGCAGCCGGAGCCUGCGGUGAAAACACCAGAGAAACCCGUCAACAAGAAGGUGAGCCGAUUGGAGGAGCAGGAGAAGGAAGUGGUGAGUGCUCUGCGUUACUUCAAGACGAUUGUGGACAAGAUGAGCAUCGAUUCCAAAGUCCUCCAGAUGCUUCCCGGAUCAGCCAGUAAAGUUCUGGAGGCCAUACUGCCUCUGAUGCAGGUGGAGGCUCGGAUACAGCACAGUUCGGCGAUGUCCUCCUGUCAUAACCGUGUAUAUCAGAGUUUGGCGAAUCUCAUUCGCUGGUCCGACCAGGUGAUGCUGGAGGGUGUCGACUUUGAUGACAAGGACACUGUGGCAACCGUCACCACAGUGAUCAAAGGCGUGCUGGAUGGCGUGAAGGAGUUGGUGAAACUCACUAUAGAGAAACAGGAACAACCGUCCCCGACAUCCCCCAGCAAACCAGCACCUCCUGUGGUCAAAACAGAGAGUGUGUGUGAAAAUCCUUUAACUGAACGAGAAAAGGCGAUCCUGAGUAAAACAACGCCCAUAGUCACGCCCACCGACAGUUUGACUGACAUGUCAGAGGAGGAGAUAGCUCCACCCAAACCUCCUCUACCAGGGCUGAAACUAGCAGAGCACAGGAACAGAAUGCAGCAAGGGCAGCAGAUGGUCACGGCAAUGGAAACCCCGCCCGCUCUGCCUCCGAAGAAGCGCCAGUCGGCCCCCUCCCCCACGCGGGUUGCCGUGGUAGCGCCGAUGAGUCGAGUCCCAUGUGGGGUCAACCUGCCUUCUGGAGCACAGCAACGGCAGCAGGAAUUCGAUGUGGACCUCCCCCAGAGGCGGUUCUCUGGCGGCAGCCAGUCAUAUGGCGGGGAUUCGCCACGCCUCUCGCCCUGUAACAGUAUGGGAAAACUCAGCAAGUCAGAUGAGCAGCUGUCCUCUCUGGAGCGGGAUAGCGGGCAGUGCUCUCGCAACACGAGCUGUGAAACACUAGAGGGAUAUGAUCCAGAUUAUGACUUCCUGCAUCAGGAUCUGUCCGUAUCCGAUCCAUUACCAUUUCCUACGGGCACCAGCAGCUGUCUGAGCCCCCUCCCAGAGUGCCACGGGGAAACGCAAAUGUUAAGCCCCGCCCCGGGUCACACCAUGCCCCGUUUCAGCGCUCCCAUGACUAAUCAGGCUUCCGUGGACUACUUGACCACACCCAUUACGCCCGGACCCACCAAUAAUGUUCUUCCCCCAGCCCUCCCACAGAAAAAACGCAGGUCUGCACCAAUCAUCUCGAGUUAUCCUCUGUAUGAGCGCCUCCCGUCGCACUACGACAACCUAUCAGAAGAGGAGCAGCCCACGCCGCCGUUCCCGCUACUGACGCCAGUGCCUCUUCCGCAGGUUAAUGGAGACGACCUCACGCAGUGUCAGGAUGCUGACAGCCCGCCGCCACUACCAGAGAAGAAAGGCAAACAGAUCCUGCAGUACAUGCAGUUUGUGGAGGAUUAUUCAGAACCGCAGCCGUCCGUCUUCUAUCAAACGCCGCAGAGUGAGAGUAUUUACGAGCAGCGGAGGAAUAAACGUUUUCAAGAGGUUUACGGAUUUAACGAUUCCUACAGCAGCUCAGACUCUGUGCACGAACCCGUCCCACCUCCAGCGCUGCCACCCAAACAGAGACAGCUGGCCUCCCACACCUGUCUCUCUUCAUCAUCCUCUUCCUCUCUUUCAAUUCACCCUCCUUCUGCUGGGCUUCCGGAAGAGGUGGAGCCCGCUUUUGGUCUCAGCCUAUCAGUGUCUAACUCCUUCCUCAGUGGCCACACCUCUUUGACCACACCUGUGAGUUCCGAUCUGAUUGGCUUGACCAAUGCCGGCAGAGCUCUGGAUGGUGGUGGUGUCUCUAACGGGUCCUUGACCAGCUCUCUGGUUUCUCUGGCUGUCUGUCUUCCUUCCGAGUCAUCUUUCUCUGACUCACUGCUUACCUCUGCGAGUGAAAGUAUUGAUGAAGGCGGCGAGGGAGAAUACGUGAAUCUGUACUCGUCCUCACAGCCUAAUGGAGACGCCACACACCACAUUGACACGUUAUCGUGUGAUGAUGUGCUUCAAGACCAUGCCCCUCACAUACCCUCGUCCAAUAGCAAGGAAGUGUUGUCUAAGGACAGGUCGAAGGAAUCCAGUCAUGGUCCAGUAGAUGAUGUUGAUGAAUUGUCCCUCAUUGAUCACAAUGAGAUUAUGAAUCGCAUCACACUCAAAGCAGAGAAUGAUGAUGGUCCUGAUGUGAGAGCCGGCUCUGGUGAUGUACUGUUAGUUCACGCUACAGAAACAGACCGCAAAGAUUUGGUGUUGUACUGCGAGGCUUUUCUCACCACCUACAGAACGUUCAUAACGCCGGAGGACCUCAUUAAAAAAUUACACUACAGAUAUACGCGUUUCUGUCACAGUCCAGAUACUUUUAAGAAGCGCGUUAGUAAAAACACGUUCUUCGUGUUGGUGAGAGUCGUGGAUGAACUCUGUCUUGUGGAGUUGACGGAAGACAUCCUGAGAAAGUUGAUGGAUCUUGUUUUCCGGCUGGUUUGUAAUGGAGAACUGAGUCUUGCGAGGGUUCUGCGGAAGAACAUUCUAGACAAAUUGGAGCAGAGGAGACUCCUGCGAAACAUGCACACGCUCAAACCGCUUGCCGCACGAGGCGUCUCUGCCAGGCCCGGCACGUUGCACGAUUUCCGCAGUCAUGAGAUCGCCGAUCAGCUGACGUUGUUGGACGCAGAACUUUUCUACAAGAUCGAGAUUCCUGAGGUGUUGCUUUGGGCAAAGGAACAGAAUGAAGAGAAAAGUUCAAAUCUGACGCAGUUUACAGAGCACUUUAACAACAUGAGCUACUGGGUGCGCUCUAUAAUCAUCCAGCAGGAGAAAGCUCAAGACCGAGAGAAACUACUGCUCAAAUUCAUCAAAAUCAUGAAGCACUUGCGGAAGCUCAAUAACUUCAACUCUUAUUUGGCGAUUCUCUCUGCAUUGGACUCUGCGCCAAUCAGACGACUGGAAUGGCAAAAACAGACAUCUGAGGGAUUGGAGGAGUACUGCACUUUGAUUGACAGUUCGUCAUCUUUCCGAGCGUACAGAGCGGCAUUAGCAGAAGUCGAACCUCCGUGUAUUCCUUACCUGGGUUUGAUUCUACAGGAUCUAACGUUUGUUCAUCUGGGAAACCCAGAUUUUAUUGAUGGGAAAGUAAAUUUCUCCAAACGUUGGCAGCAGUUCAACAUUCUGGACAGUAUGAGACGAUUCCAGCAAAUACACUACGAACUGAAGCGGAAUGAAGACAUCGUCUCGUUCUUCAAUGACUUUAGUGAUCAUCUAGCCGAGGAGGCAUUAUGGGAACUUUCGCUCAAGAUCAAACCUCGAAACAUCUCGCGGCGCAAGACAGACCGAGAGGAGAAGACCUAGAACAUCGAAUCGAGAACCUCAAAGACAAUUUAUGGUGAGAUCUGAACCUCCGGCAGAACCUUGGGAAGCCACGCUACGCUGUUUCAGAGUCUGGUUCUGGAAUUUCAAUGAACUGAACCAAGAAACAUGAGCUCCAAUUUGCACCAAUAAACUGUAACACCGGCAGUAUUUUCCCUGACUGGUUUUAAACUCAAGAGGGGAAUCAUAACUCAGUAUAAAUAAAAGAAUAUUUACAGAUACUUUCGGACACACAUAGUGGGACACACAUUGAGUAAAAGGACUCAAACACUACAAAAUAAAGCUAAAUCCUCACAACUUUCUAUGUGUGUGUGGGUAUAUAGUGCAACACACACUCUAAGAGGGCUUCGUUCAUUUGAUAUUAAUACACUGUGCCUGUUGGAGUGAGUUCAUUUUGUUUGUCCCACUCGGACGUUUAAUUUGGCCUUCCAAAGGUCAUUCGCCCUUUCAGACUGAACUGUUGACGUUUUCGCCCAUUUGGUGUUGCCAGUUGGAAGUGUGCAACUGGGUCGACCAGUCACCAUUCAGACUGUUGGAAUGGGACAACGGUGGACAACUGUGCAAUCUUUCUCAAUUAUAAAGGAAUAUUCACUGAUCUGUUAAAAUUAAAUGAUUUGACAGAGACCGUGAGAAAUGGACUAUAUGGAAUAUAUUAAUUCGAAAAUUAAAGAAUGAACUGGACAUUGGACUCGUUUCUUAUGUCAGCUUAUUAUCUAUUGUUUUGUGUGUCACCAUGUGCAACCCUCAGAAUAUUUGUUUACCCUGUUGCCCAAUAGCCCGUUUGGGUGAAUCUCGAGAAACUUUCGAGAACAUUUCCGAGUCAUAUUUCAGACUGAAGUCAAGUGGAAAAUAAUAUGAAAUUAUAUUUUGGCCCAAAAAAAAUGAAGCCUGUUUUUAGGACCAUUACUAUUUUUGGAAUUGUGAAAUCAUUUUUAUGAUAAUUGAAUGCAUUUUCUCCCCUUCUUAAUUGUCAGUUGCCUACUGUAAUGCACAAAAAAUGUCAUUCUCAUUACUAAGAAAAUCAAGUGUAUUUUUACAGUAAAAUGUAAGUAUGCAUCAUGGUAGUAAUUGUUGUAAUUGUUGUAAUAAGCUGGGCCUCAUUCAUAAAACACAACCAGAUCAAGUUUUUGUGUAAAUUGUUUUAUGAAGCCAUUUACACAAUUUUUACGUGAAUUUAUGCAAGAGUAGUUUUAUAAACAAUUUACACCAAAGUUCAGACGUGAACCCAUAAACCACUUGCAAGGCCGUUUUACGCAAUUUGUCCAAUUGAAUGCAACAGUUUACAUAAAAAUAUUUUUUUAUAAACAGUUCACACUGAAAUUCGACCAUGAACCUGUAAAUCGUUUGUAAGGCCAGUCUUACGUAAUUUGUCAAAUUGAAAGUGACAGUUUACAUAAAAAUGAUUUUUAUGAAUGAUUCACUAAGAAAUUUGUCUGUGAAUCUGUAAAUCGUUAAUUAGCCCAGUCUUGCGUUAUUUGUCGAAUUGAAUGUGACAGUUUAUAUAAAAAAUGUUUUUUUGUGUGUUUUUUUUACAAACGAUUCACUCAGAAAUUCUUCCGUGAACCUGUAAAUUGUUAGUUAGGCCAGUCUUACGUAAUUUGUCAAAUUGAAUGUGACAGUUUACAUACAUUUUUUUACGAACGAUUCACUCAGAAAUUUGUCCGUGAACCUGUAAAUCGUUAAUUAACCCAGUCUUGCGUAAUUUGUCAAAUUGAAUGCGACAGUUUACAUAAAAAUAAUUUUUAUGAAUGAUUCACUCAGAAAUUUGUCCGUGAA